AUGGAAGGAAUAAAUAAAACCACAAAGAUACAAUUCUUCUUUCGUCCAUUCUCACUUGACCCUGAAGUCCAGAUGAUCAUUUUUGUGGCCUUCCUGGUGAUGUACCUAACUAGCCUCAGCGGAAAUGCCAUAAUUGCAGUCAUUGUUCAGAUCAACCACUCCCUUCACACCCCCAUGUACUUCUUUCUGGCUAACUUGGCAGUUCUGGAAAUCUUCUAUACAUCUUCCAUUGCUCCACUAGCCUUGGCAAACCUUCUUUCAAUGGGCCAAACUCCUGUUUCCAUAAUCGGAUGUGGCACCCAAAUGUUUUUCUUUGUCUUCUUGGGUGCAGCUGAUUGUGUUCUACUUGCAAUCAUGGCUUAUGACCGGUUUAUAGCAAUCUGUUACCCUCUGAGAUACACCCUCAUCAUGAGCUGGUCCUUCUGUGUGGAGCUAAUGCUAGGGUCCCUGGUGCUGGGGUUCCUGCUGUCACUGCCACUAACCAUUUUAAUCUUCCAUCUCCCAUUCUGCCACCACAAUGAGAUUUACCACUUCUACUGUGACAUGCCCGCAGUCAUGCACCUGGCUUGUGCAAACACACAUGUUCACAGGACUACCCUGUACAUCAUCAGCUUCGUCGUCCUUAGCAUCCCUCUCUCACUGAUCUCCAUCUCCUAUGUCUUCAUUGUUGUGGCUAUUUUCCGGAUCAAGUCAGCAGAAGGGCGCCACCGAGCUCUCUCCACCUGUUCGUCUCACAUCAUAGUGGUCCUCCUGCAGUAUGGCUGCACCAGCUUUAUAUAUUUGUCCCCCAGUUCCAGCUACUCUCCUGAGAUGGGCCAAAGAGUGUCUGUGGUCUAUACUUUUAUCACCCCCAUUUUAAACCCCUUGAUCUAUAGUUUGAGGAAUAAGGACCUGAAAGAUGCACUGAGGAAAGCACUGAGAAUGUUUCAGGUAGGAUGA